AUGAGUUCGGAUGUCCGGAUCUCCUCCAAGAAACGACGCCACAGUAAAGCAUGUACACGGUGUCGCAGGCGCAAGAUCCGGUACCCAACUUGCGGCGCCUGUUCGACCGCUGGGGUGGCCUGCUUGGGCUUCGACUCGAUCCACCGAGUCGACAAGCCUCGGAGUCUAGUGUCGUACCUUGAACAAGAGAUUGCUCGUCUGGAGGGCGAGUUGGGUCAUAUCCAGGGCCAAGACCAAGACCACACCCAGAGCCAUGGCCAUGGCCAGGACGACAACAGCAAUGGCAGCAGCAGCAACAACAGCCACAAGAACGGCAUUUCCGAUUCCAUCCCUGCCCUUGCCCCUGCCCCUGUGUCCAUCGAACGAUUGUCCCGGAGUGUGGCUGCCGCUUCGCUCGCACCGCUUAACUGCUCUCGGAGGCAAGAAAGAAGUCUGCUGUGGUUCAAGUCGAACUUUUUCCUGGGCAGUUCCCCCGUGCCGUAUUUCAGCCGCCGGACUCAGACCCAGAUCCAGGGCCAGAGUCGCAGCCACAGCCAGGAUUCACAUCGUCCUGGCACGCUGGAACCGGUCGAAGUGGUGCCUUCGCCGAGUGCCGGUACUGGGACUGGGACUGGCAUUGAUAUUGGUGUUGGUGCUGGUACUACACCCAAUAGCACCACUCACGGCACGACCACCACCACAAGCACGAGCAAACUAUCCUCCAUCCCCCGCCACGUCGUGGACACUAUGUUGAAACACUACUGUGAAAUUUACCGGCCACUGUAUCCCGCCAUUGAGCAGUCAGAUCUCUACGACGCCUGCGAUCGCGUCUACAACAACGCCGAGCCGUCUGCCUUUGACAUUUUCUGUGUUCACAUCACAUUGGCCAUCAGUAUGCAAACCCUAAUGCAUCGCGACGAGAAGCGCGCCACCACGGCGUCGUACGGGUUUUGGACCACCGCCGCCGGUCUUCUGGACCAACUGGCUUCGGCGGAAACGAAUCCCUGGGAGCGGCUGCAGAGCCUACAGCUGCUUGCGCACUACGGCUUCAUGAACCCCAAAGAUGUCGACUGCAAGAAAUGCACGGCGGCCGCCACUCGACUGUGCUUACACCUGGGAUUGCAUCAAGAUUCGCCGGCGGGUCCGUCAUCAGCGUCGACAUCGCGAUCGUCCCAGAUAGCCUUGGACCCAGAGCUGCUCAACCAUCGAAGAAGACUGUUUUGGAAUUCAUACAAUAUUGAUUGCGCAGUUCACACCGUACAAUGUCGACCGUUUCUAUGGCCCGGAUCUACCUUCACGACCAAGUUUCCCGACUACGACCACCCACAAACCUCGACCAGUCGGCAAUUCUGGCUGCUGCGCGACCUGGAGUCGGAAAUCACGCUGAACAUGUACUACCCGUGGUCACGGGCCGAACCCGUGCCGUGGACAGCGGGCUUCAGCGCCUGGUUUGCACACAUCUCGGAGCGACUAAACCAGUGGCACCAGACGACGCGGGCCAGUAUCAACUUUGGCGAGAAGAUCGAGUUUCACGAACUGCUGUUCCAGUGCCAGAUCUUGCGGCUCAACCGGCCGUCCAUCCGCUGCCCGAACCCGGGCGCGGAAAUGCGCAAACGCGCCCUGCUGGCCGCCAUCGCCCUGAUCAAGGAAUUCAGCGUCGUCGAUCGCGUCGGCAAGCUGUUUAAUAUCUGGCAUGCCGCUCACUAUAUCGUCGAUGCAGGCGUCUAUAUGCUCACCACGGUGUUGAUGAGGAUGCGUAUGCAUGCGCCGAAACCCAAUUUCAAUCACAAUCCUAACACCAAUACUGGCAACAAUAGCACCCACAACGAUAGCCACAGCAAAAACAAUGACAAGAAUCACAAGAGUGCUAUUGGUACUGGUACUGGGACUCGUAUUAUAGCUGGCACUGCCACUGCCACAGAUGGUACUACUAACAUCGGUGCUGGUAGUGGUAGUGGUGUUACUGGCAGUGCCGCCGGUAAUGGUAAUGGUCAUGGUCAUGGCCAUGGCAAUGGUACUGGCAACGGCAACGGCAACGGCAACGGCAACGGCAACGGCAACGGCAACACAUAUCUCGACGGAGACGAAGUCGGCCUCUUGCCCAAAUAUCUCCAGAUCUUCCCGCCUCUGCUGUGGAAGAUAUCACGUCGCUGGCCGAACAUCACACCACACGCCGCGACUCUAGACGCCAUUUCAAGCGCCGUCUUAUUGAAGUUGAAGCUGUGGCUGAACGGCGAGGCGAUCAGCGACUCGGACCUUUUCAUGUUGCAGGAUGAGCUGGAUCGGUUUUCGUUCACGUCGUCGUCGUCGUCGUCGUCCUCAUCGUCUUGGAGGGCAGAAGGUGAAGGAGAAGGAGAAGGAGAAGCUAGUAGUCAACACAAAACAACCGAACCGAAAACACAAAACGUCGACAUGGACAUGGAUGUGGACAUGAACAUGGCCAUUGACAUCAGGACCAGGACCAGGACCGGCACCGGCACCGGCACCACUACGACGACGACUACGACGGCAGGCUUGGGUUCACGUUCACACCCUACCGCCCUCGAUGGAACAUCAGGUGUAGAACCAGUCGCAGUCUCAGUCUCAGUCUCAGAUCCCAAUCGCCUACUCGCCCUCGACCCUGCUACUGCUGUUGCCGGCUUUCAUCAAGUAUCCAUGCCCAUACCCAUGUCCAUGUCUACGAUCGAGGCUGAGGCCGGGUUAGGGUCAGGGUCAGGGUCCGGGGCUGGAUUCGGUUUGGGCUCAGGUUCAGGCUCAGGCUCAGGCUGGCUCGACUUUCACUCCUCCUUGGGACCGGGUCUCUCCGACUCGGCUUUGGCCUUCUCCAAUCCGUCUCUAUACACCUCCACCUUCGACGGCGUGGCCUUGAACUUGGACUUGGACUUGGACGCUGACAUAGACGUGGAUGUGGACGCGCUGGGCUGGGAUUUUUCCUUCACUGGCUCCGAUUCGGAUGAGAUCUUGGCCGCCUUGCUCAACGACGUAGAUGGAGUCGUAGACGGAGAUGGAGGUGGAAAUGGAGGGUCUCUGAUGCCGGACAGGCUGGAAUAA